CCCCCCCGCCCUUCUCGCCGUCGCUGCGCCGUCUGAAACCGUUGCAAAUCCGUGCAAUUCUCGCUCCGAAGCGGGUUCCGGGCCGAUCCUGACCCGGGUUAGCCCGCCUCAUCUAAAGGCCGGUGCCAAGCCCGGUUUCUGCAAUCCGGCGGCCUCCCCCCCCCCCCACCCGCCAAGGGCCAUGGCCGAAGUGCACGUCAUUGGCCAGAUCGUGGGAGCCAGUGGAUUCCCCAGCAGUUCCUUGUUUUGCAAAUGGGGGAUCCACACAGGGGGAGCCUGGAAACUGCUGUCGGGUCUUCGGGAAGGGCAGACCCAGGUUGACCAUCCCCAGAUAGACGACGUGGCUUAUUGGUGCCACCCCAUCGAUGUCCACUUCGCCACCAAAGGCCUGCAAGGCUGGCCCAAGCUCCACAUCCAGGUGUGGCACCAGGAUGCUUUUGGGCGCAUCGAACUGUACGGCUACGGCUUCUGCCACGUGCCCUCCAGCCCCGGCUUCCACCAGCUGGACUGCGUCACCUGGCGCCCGCUGGGCUCUUGGCAGGAGCAGCUGUCCCAGUGUUUUGUGGGAGGGGGCCCUCAGCUCAUCAGCAGCAACCUGAUCUACACGGGGGCCGACCGCUACCGCCUGCAGACCUGCGCCAUGGGCACCGUGCAUUUCCAGCUGGCUGUGUUGCUCCGUAACUUUGACCGCUAUGGGGUGGAAUGCUGAAGCACUAAGAUGGGCUUGGAGGUGGAAGAGGGGGUCCGUAAAUCUCCAAAGUUCAGGAAUUGGAAGGACUUGGGGCGAAAGGGAGGCUCUGGGAAGGAAGAUUCCCUACACCACCACCCUGUGUGAACUGUUAGAAUCACAAGCCAUCACUCCGAACUUUGCAACCCAAAUGGGGAUUCGUCGUUGGGCCCUGGAUUUGUUUUCUCCCUCCUGAUUUCUCUUCCUCUAGCGCAGUGUUUCUC